AUGGAGACAAUAAUAAGGAAAAUACAAGCUACUUAUUACAAAUCUAGAAUAAAUAUUCUUAUUUAUACAUUCACAGAAGCUCAAAAUUGUUUAUGCAUGAAAUCGCAUCUAUAUACUGUGCUAAUGCAUUUGUUAUGUGUUGCCACUCAUGUUUGUGAUUAUCAUCAUCUGCUAUCACCUUUGUGCAAUACCACCAUACACAGCCUGCAUUGCAUAUAUUGUGCAUCCACAUCUAUCUCAUUAAACACCUUACACUCACGCAUGCUCCAUUUUCUACUGCAUGCCAUUUGUAAUGCAGCAUCCACUCUUAUUCACAACACAUUUAUUUAUACACUCUCCACACCCAUCUCUCAAUCAUCAUCUUUAACUGAAUUCAACAAUUGCAGGCAUUAG